CCAUUUUGAAUAGUACUUGGCGAUGGAGAUCAACAAGGAAGCGGUCGACGAUAGCUUUGAGAACUAUGCUCUGUCGCUGGAGGGGAAGACUGCCGUGGACGUAAACCUUCGCGCCCCACUACUUCUCCCUCUGGAAGCCCCAUCCACCGCAACGAAAGAAGUCUGGAACUCCCGCGUGUACCACAACUGCCUCGCGCGCAACCCGUUCGUGGACGACAGUUUGUACUACAUCAGUCGUGACGGCGACCUUGUGCAAGUACAAAUCCCUGGACAAGGAAAGGGUGCCGCUCAACAGACCACGCUGCUCACGUUUCCGCAACUUGUGUCGACACCAGCGGACAAGCGCUUGGACAACACAUCAGUCCGUUUUGUGGCCGCGCACAUGGGAGUGAUUACGGACGGAACCGGCGAGUUCAUCAUCUUUGGAUUCAUGCAUGGGCAUUGGUCCGUGUUGUGGUCGUCGACACCUCUGGGUCCUUCGACAUCGCUCACCCUGCUUCAAGCGCACGUGACUCCAAACGACGAAUCCCUCCACGCCCUGGUCAGUUCUCUGGAUGCGGCUACAGGAACGCACACAGUGUACGCCUUUACAGUCGAUUUGCAUGCGCCACAUCAUCACGUCCAUCCCACUCUUGUGCACGAAGGCGGCAAAGCGGUCAAGUAUGCCCACUUUCACGGCCAUCAGGACAUUGUGUUCCUCGUUGAAGGCGACCACGACCUCAAAGUUCCCGUGCAGAGCCACCCAUCCCACAAACGACACCAUGAAAUCGAAGGCGGCGGCCCUGUCUUCAAAGCGCCGCGCGCCGGCCUCGGGUUUGCCGGCGAAGUCCAAAACCCCGACCUGCCGCUGCCCCCGUUGAGCCACGACGACUUGACGGGCACGCCACUGCACGAUCGCUUCCUCGCAUCCACGACGCCGUACAGCAGCUUGGACAUGCCGUUGCACGUAGCACCGCCUCCGUCGACCGCCCUGCCGCCCGACACGCCGCUCGAAAUUCCCACGACCGAUUCGAUGCUUGGCGGGUACGAAGAAUGCGACGAUGUCGACCCGAACGCCUCUGCCGUGCUCUACGCGUUCCAUUUCGGUGCAAACGUUGUCACAGCCACGUUUGAGAUUGAUUGCCGCCGGUUCAGUGUGUUGGGCCCGAGCUCGAGAUACACUGACCGCCUGCUCUUCCAGUACGACGUCCACGGGCUUGUGUUCCGCGUCGAGUCGACGCCCCUGGCGCUGUCGUUGGUCCACGAAUCCACGUUUCCCGCGUUCGGGUACGUGCAGGCGUCAAAGACACACAAGAAGUACAUGGGCUUCCAUCCAUCCGGGUCGCUGGCUGUCUUGGCCGACUUUGAAAAGCGUGUGUACCUGUACAAGGGCCGCCCCGACGCGCACCAGCCAAAGCCGCAUGUGCGCACGUCGUACCUGCAUGAACUCGCGACCGACGAAGCCAUCUACGGUCUGCAGUUUCUCGGCCCUUGCUCCGUCGCCGUCCUCACCAACACCCGCGUUGUGUGCUUGAAUGUGUGAUGUGUUUGCGAUAAAACGAACACAAACAACAACACUUGUAUUCUAACUGGAACCAGUGAAUGCCCAAUGACUCGAGCCUUAUAGUAGGUCUCGCCUUCUGCACAAAGCAACCUUCCCCCACACUGAUUUACACUCCCAUCGGAGUUCACUGAAGCGAAACUGGUGUUCCCUUGAUUCACGAAG